AUGGCUGCAAUGAUUUAUGGUUUGUAUAGGAGAUUUGGAGCUAAAUUACUGCAGAAUUUUUUGGAAUGGGAUUGUAAUGUCAGCGUGAAGGGUAAUAUUAGGGCGGUUCUCAUUGAGCUUCAUUGUUGUAGUUCUUCAGAGAAAGUUACAAAUUUUCAGGAUGGAGACGUCAAAUUCAGUCCCAACGGUGCCAUUCUCGACAUCUUUUGCAGACUACCUGUGAAAUCUCUAGUCCGAUUCAGUGCAGUCCGCAAGCUUUGGGAAAGAGGUCUAUUCGAUUCCAAUAAGUACUCGGUCAUAUCCAUGGAAAAAUCUCCCAAAACCAACAAAAAUCUUCCUCUUCUAGUUUGCAGCAAGAAAUCUCAUAAACAAUCAUGCAGCUGUCACUAUGCCCUAUUUGAGAUUGAGAGACUGAGGAAAAUCAGCCUGUUUACAACUCCCUUUUGUCUUCCAGAUGAUUACAUUCUUGCAGGUUGCUGCAAUGGAAUCCUAUGUGUUCACAAGAUUUGCAAUUGCUCCAGUCCCAAGAAAAUAUACCUCUGGAAUCCCUUAUUGCAUCAACGCAGGGCACUUCCCAAUAGCAAAUCUCUUGAACAUUUCACAGAUUUGGGAUUCUUCUUCGACCAGCGUAACGAUGAUUAUAAAGUUGUCAAGAUUUUCAUGUUCCGUAUAGUCGAGAUAUAUAGUUCGAAGAGCAAUUUUUGGAGGUCAGUUGACCUGACCAACAUGCCGCCUAUGAGCAUCAGCCGCACCAAAGAUUUUCAGAUUCCUGCGGCAUUCAAUGGGAUUCUGCAUUGGCCUGUGUAUAAAGUUAACUGCGGUAAAGAUGCACCAGCAUAUUCAGUGAUCAAAUUCAACAACGUUGAGAAAAAGUUUGAGGAGAUUCUGUUACCGGAAAGCAAUCCUCUCGACUUUUCUACUGCUCGGCUUGGGGUAUAUCAGGGCUGUCUUUCUUUAGCCUGUUGGUUUCCACCGCUUGGGGAUGAGGUCUGGAUAAUGAAGGAUGUUCAGGAUAAAGGUACAUUCAAAUCUUCGAAAAUUGCUGUCCCAAACUCUUCAGACGGCGGAUUCCAGUACUCUGACGUAAAGGGAUUCACAAUCAACAGUAAAGACUUAGCAGAUUGCAGAUGGUUGGACGAGUUUCUCAUUCAGCCAAUUGCUUGA